AUGCCGGCCGCCAGGACGAGCGCAGGCCGGCCGGGCCAGCCGAUCCAGGCGGAGAACGGCGUUUUGCGCUCAAUCACGCUCACGAAUUUCAAAGCCCAUUCGCACUUCCACCUCGACUUCAAUCCGCACGUCAACUUCAUCGUCGGAAGCAAUGGCACCGGCAAGAGCGCCAUCCUCGCGGGCGUGAUCCAGGCGCUGGGAGGGAACCCAAACAAGCACUCUGGCACGGCGGGCGGCGCCCGGGCGGCGCAGGGCCUGAUUCAGGACGGCAAGGACUACGCGAGCGUCGUGCUCGUGCUGUACAACGGGUCGGACGACCCGUGGGAGACGCAGCGCGCGUCGACCCAGACCCAGGCGCGCCUCGAGGAGGAGCGCAACGUGACGGUGACGAGCGAGCUCACCCGCCUUGCCGGCAACAAGACCAGCUCGCGCUACAAGAUCAACGGCGUGGCCGCCACCCGCAAGCAGGUCGCGGCGCUCGCCGAGCACUUCAACCUGCAAGUCGAGAACCCGUGCGCCGUCCUGACCCAAGCCGUCCACGCAAACUUCCUGCGCGAGACGUCGGGCGGGAAGCGGCGGUACGACUUCUUCCUGGCGGCGUGCAACGCGGACAUAGUGCGCGAGCGGCUGCUCGCGGCGAGGGACGAGUACAAGGGCAUCGCCACCUCGCUCGAGAAGCACGAGGAGCGUGGCGCGCCGCUCGCCGACCGGACGCACGCGCCCAAGCUCUGCAGUGUCCGCAUCCUCGUCCAGCAGCGAGAGGCGCGCUUCAAGCCGGCCCCCUCGCGCCACCCCGACGUCGCCUCCGUCCUCGACGCCGUCGAAGCGUUCAACGCGCUGCUCAACUUUUACUCGCCCGAGGCGCUGCUCAUCGGCGGCCUCACAGACGCUCGCGAGCUGUUUAAGAAGCGCGUGCCCUUCGUCGCCUUCGACGCCGACGGCAUGAAGCACUACCUGCGCGGCGAGCUCGAGGCGUCGGAGCAGACCGGCAGCCACACGGCGCGCGGGCUCAUGCGGAUGGACUCGGCCGCGGUGCUCAGCGGGCUCGAGCAGCGGCAGGCGGCGGCAGAGGCGGAGGCGGCGCAGGCGGCCGAGGAGGCGCGCGGCGCGGCGGCCGAGGCGGCGCGCGGGCGCGAGGAGGAGGAGGCGCUCGGCAGGCGGUGGCGGCAGGCGGCGGAGCGUGCCCGCGCCGCCGAGCGGCAGAUGGCCGGCGUCGAGCAGGCGGGCUUGCGCGACGACGUGGAGGAGGACCUCCGGCUGCUGCAGGAGGACCUGUCCGAGAUCGAGUCGGACAUCGGCCGGCUCGCGCAGGAGGAGAUGGAGCGCGAGGGCGCCGCGCGGCUAGCGAGCGAGGCGGUGCCGCCGCUGCAGCGCUCUCAGAAGCUGGCCGAGGCGGAGGUGCGCUCGCUCGGCGGGCGCGGCGCGGCCGAGGGCGACGGCGGCUUGGACGAGGAGCUCAAGCGUGCCAACGGCGCCGUGCACAAGGCGCGGCAGGCGGCGGAGCGGCAGGCGCGCGCCUUGCGUGAGCAAGAGCUCGAGGUGGGGCGGGCAAAGGAGGAGGCGGAGGGGAUCCGCGCGAGAGUGGCGUCGCAGUUCGCCGAGCCCGAGGCCGCGGGCGGCGGCGCCGGGAGCAGCGGCGGCGAGUCGGUCGAGGCGGUGCAGAAGCGGCUGCAGAAGAUGCGCGCGGCGCUCAAGAAGGCGGAGCACCUCGCGGGCGGCGAGAACCGCGGCGAGACCACCUACGCGGCGCUGCUGCAGGCGCAGCGUGACGCGGAGCGCGCGAUGGCGGAGCACGAAGAGCAGAUCACGGCGGUGAAGGCGACGGCCAAGGUGGUGGAGGAUUCAGUGCAGGAGCGGUACAAGUUCCACCGCCGCUUCCUCAAGGCGCAGGGCGUGCAGGCCGUCUCCGACUUCCAGAUGCACCUGAGCCGCCGCUCGAUGGGCGGGUCGCUCCGGUUCGACCACAAGGAGGACGUGCUCGAGGCGCAGGUGGCGCCGCGGGCGGGCGACGCGGCGGCCCGCUCGACGACGGCGCUCCGCUCGCUGUCGGGCGGCGAGCAGGCCUUCUCGACCUUGUCGCUCGUCCUCGCCAUGUGGCAGCUCUCGGCGACGCCGAUGCGCGCGCUCGACGAGUUCGACAAGAACAUGGACUCGUCCUUCCAGGCCGCGUCGCUUAAGCUGCUCUUUGAGAUCUUCCGGCAGCAGCCGGGCCGACAGUUCCUCAUCCUGACGCCGCUCGACUACUCGUCGCUCUUUCGCGAGGCGGGCGUCGACGAGCGCGACGCGGUAAUCCACCGGAUGCCCGACGUUGUCCGGCACUGACGCGGCUGCAGUGGCUGACGAAGCGCUGUCGCGCCUAGCUCCAUUCUCGGGAAGAGCAGCACGAGGGCCGCUCUCUCGCCGGUGGGCUCUGGCCCAACGCCAUACAGUGCCGGUCAGACUUGAGUGCGUUGGACGGAGGCGAAGCCGUAUCAUGUAGAGAUGGUGUGUGAGUGUGUGUGUGUGCGGGACUGUCGGCGAGCCGGCAUGCUAGGCCACUCGAUUUUAUGCAUGGUAACUGUAAUACACUUUAUACCA